AUGGAUAUAAAAAUAAAAUUAAUAAAUUUUUUUAGAACAAAGCAUGGCAUAUCACCAGUUUCAUGUACUCCUCAAUGGAAUGCGAUAAGAGCAGCAAAACGCGGUUUAACCUAUUACCCUUGCCGAAGACAAGAGGGUCAUAAAAUAGAACUAAUGCUCGGAAAACACAGGAAGAGAAAAAUAAACCCGCCUCUUUACCCAAUACAUCCAAAUGAAGAAAAAAAAAAAAACUUAAAUAAUUUUAUAACAUAUAAAGAUUUAAAAAUUCGAUGGAAAAAUACUUCUAAAAAUUAUAGGAAAAAAGUAACUAUAGCUCGAAAGUGGAAAAACUUACAUUGUCUUUUACCUCAGAAUAAGGACUCAUGUAUUUUUAUUUUACAUAAAAAUUUACCAAGAACCCGAAAUAAAAAAGAAAACAUUUCAAAUUCGAUUGUAGAAAAGGAUGUAGAAAAGGAUAUACAAAAGGAUAUAAAAAUUGAUAAUGAAAAGGAUGUAGAAAAGGAUAGCACAAAGUUAGUUGUACGUGGACGAAGAAGAAAUAAACAACCAAUUAAACGGGAAAAUAUGAUUGAAGAAAAUCCUAACGUAGAUAGUAUUAACAAUUAUUAUGAUAAACCACCAAAACAUUUAGAAUACCUUAUAAAAAAAAAUGAAUUAUUUUGUAUAUUUAAAUCAAAUUUUAUAAAUGAACAUAAAGUAACAAUAGGUGAUAUUGUACAAACAGAAAAGUUACAUCGAAAAAAAGCUGGGGAUGUUGUUUAUUUUGGUACUAUUCUAUUUGUAGGAUCUAAAGAUUUUUCAAUUAUUGGUAAGCCUACUAUUCCAUAUUGUAAAGUUAAAGCAACAAUAGAACAAGUAACAUUAAGUAAAGAAAUAUUAAGUUUUAGAUAUAAAAAAGUAAGACGAUCAAGUAGAUUUUUAAGAGUAAAACACUGGAUAACUAUAUUAAAAAUUGAUGAUAUAAUAAUUGACUUAAAAAGUGAAAUACAUGAUGAAAGAAAUAAACCAUUACAAAUACUUGAUUUAUGGGCUAAUAGAUGGCUAUAUCAAAAGGAAUUAAAUUUUAUUAAAUUCGAUAAAAAUAAUAAACCUUUAGCAGAACAAAUAUAUGAUUUAGUAGAACAUCAACCAAAUACUUUGCAUCGAAGAGGUUUAACUAAAUGCUAUAGGUUUCACCCUGACCCUUAUCUCCCACUCUCAUAUUAA